AUGACAGUGGAAGAAAAGUUAAAUGGGGAAGUUACAGAGGUUGGCGACGUUGCAUCUUCUGAUCAAUCAAUCAAAGUUGCAGCUGUCUUUAAAGAGUAUGAGCCAGAAAAAGAAGUUCUUUCUGAGGUUGAUCAAAUUAUAAGGGAAUAUGAAUUGGAAGAUCAUCGAGAGCUGUUGACUCGGGGCGCAUUGUGGGCUAAUAACCCAGGUAUCCUUGAGACCGAAAGCUACAGCGAUGAAGACCGUCGAGUUGCUAAACAAGCGCAAGAAAGGCCACUUUCAUCGCUAUCUAAGCAUAUGCUGUUAGCCGCUCUAUGUACCUCAUGCGCAGCUAUUAACUUCGGGAUGGAUGAAAGUGCGAUUGGAGGUGCUGUUUUACAAUACCAAAAGCAGUUCAAUAUCACUGAUCCUAAUAUACAAGGUCUUACCGUUGCUGCUCCAUACCUUGCUGCCGCUUGUUUGGGCUCCCCUCUUACUAUCUACCUCGACAAUUAUGUGGGAAGAAAAUGGAUUGUUUUUUUGAGUUGCUUCAUUGGAUUUGCUGGGUCGCUCAUCCAAGGGUUCUCGAAUGGACUUGGCUGCCUUUUAUUCGCGAGGUUGUUUCUUGGGAUUGGAAUGGGCUUGAACUCUUCCACUGUACCAAUUUACACAGCCGAGUGUUCUCCAGCGAUAUCUCGCGGCGCCAUUUUAAUGCUAUGGCAAACAUUCAUAGCGCUCGGUGUAUGCUUGGGCUCGGUUUUCAAUCGGGCUUUCGUCAAUAUAAGCGGAUCACUUUCAUGGCGCCUUAUGAUAGGGUCUUCGGCGGUUGCUCCAUUCGUCACAGGAAUUUUAAUCUUUUUUCCACCUGAAUCCCCAAGAUGGCUUAUCGCCCACGGCAAAACAAGAGAGUCUUUGUACUCAUUAAUGAAACUUAGACCUCACGAACUCUCGGGUGCGCGGGACUUUUACAUUCUUCAUCAAUCCCUUAAGUUCGAGUCUGAAUUAGAAAAUCAGUUAUCUUCUUGGCAGCAGUUUUUGUCUCUUUUCACUAACAGGAGAAACAGGUUCGCCUUAAUCGUUUCACUGAUUGGAAUUCUGGGUCAGCAGUAUGGAGGUGUCAACAUCUUAGUAUCUUAUACAACAACAAUUUUAACGAAUGCCGGUGUUGACUCCGUUACAGCAAUUGCAGGCUCAAUUGGUAUUGGAGGUGGUUGUUUCUUAGCAACAUUUUUGUCGACGCAGCUGAUUGACCGUUUUGGGAGAAGGAAAAUGCUUCUAUUUACUCUACCCAUGGAGGCCUUGUGUUUAUUUUGGUUGGGAGGUGUUCUCAACGUUAACGAUGCACAAAGCAGACUGGGUGCAGGCCUGGCUUCAAUGUAUGUGUACGUUUUGUUUUACGGUGCUGGGAUUGGACCUGUAAGCUUCACUUUGGUAGCUGAGACCUCGUCCAUAACCGUGAGAAUGGCACACAGUGCCACCUGUAUGUUUGUGAAUUGGAUUCUAGACUUCUGUUUGAGCAUGACAUGGCCAAAAAUGGAAUCUUCAAUGACAGCUUCAGGAGGUCUUUAUUUCUACGGCGCUUUUAAUAUUGUUGUUUGGAUUUUGACGUUCCUAUGUAUCCCAGAAACAAUGCGCUUUACGCUGGAGCAGCUUGAUGAAAUAUUCAAAGUGGGCGUUUCGGCUCACAUUAAGAAAUCUUUGCACAGGAUAGUCCGCAACUAA